UUUACGGUUGCACUCUGCUGCGUGUUAUGUCAUUUUUUUGACAUUUCUUAUCUAAUGUCAGUAAUAAAAUGUCAAUGUGUUAAAUACAAGUGAAGUAAACAUGUAAGUUGCUUUUGAAAAUUUUCGUGUGAUUUAACAUGUGUUAUAUAAAGUGCCUGGUGCAAGUGGACAAUAAAGUUGACUGCAGUUGAUGAAGAAGAUUCCGGCCAAUGUGUAUUCACAAACCGACUUAUUAUUUCUAGAGAUUUGUGUGGUUCGAGAAUUCGAAUGCGGCUGCGGCAUUUAUUAUCAAGAAAAUUAUAUGAAAAAUCAAAAUAAUGAAAACAGUUUAAUGAAAUUAAGACAAUGAAGAAUCAAAACAAGAAUAGCAAAGAAUAUUAUUGUAAUAAACAUAAUCUUGAUAUUUUGCAUAAAUUAUCAAACAGAGAUACACACAUACAACGAAGUAAUGAAUGGAUAAUUGAGUAUAAUAGAAAGAACAGAAAAUACAGGAUCAUAAGGAUACCAGCUGCUCCUAAUGAAUAUGUUUUUUAUUCAAUACUCAAUACUGAUAUUAUUAUGACACAAAGUAUAGCAACAAGUAUGAUAACACGUAGUAUUCUUGCACUCUAUAAUACAUUAGUGGCAGAUCGGGCAAAGAAUCCUUACAUUGAUCAAUGGCAAAAAUCUGGGCAAAAUAUAAUUGUUUUACGAGGAUACAAUCAUAAACAUUUAAAAUAUCUCGAAAGAGAAGCGGAAUUUUUGGCUCUCGGUAAACAUGCUAUCUACCAUCGAGGAUAUCACAACCGUAUAAUGGUAGUACUAUCGAUAUUUGGACGGAAUGCAGAAAUUGAAGAUAUUUUCGAUGGACUCUCAUUUUUAUAAAAGGAUAUUCGAAAGAAGACUCCGUCGUUUCGGGAAUGAAGAAAGCGGCUUAUCGUACAACACAAAAGCACGAGGAAAAUAUUUACUCCAUCUCCCUUGGUAUCGCAAAGGAAUUUACCGAUCGCGUCUCCGAGAGAAGAUAGCGAGUAGCUGAUUCACGCCGAAGGUUUCAAGAGUAUCCUCCCCAGCCUAAGGGCGCGUUACGCAUACUCGGCGAGCGGGCAAUGAAGGAAGUAAAGGACACGUUUAGCGCAAAAGGUUGCGUGUAAAGAGAAGCAGGCGCCACGCCCGCCCCUCCAUGCACAGCUCAGCCGCAGAGGGGGCGUCAGAGGAGAACGGCUGGCGCAGCCGCCCGCCGCGUUUUAUGCAACCAGUCUUGCUUCGGAGCGAGCGAAUCCACUGCUCCGGCCUUUGACAGACGGGGUAUAGCGUGUUCAGUGCCAUCGGUAUUCUCUGUCGUCGUCCGUCGACCGUCUCUUCAGCCGUCGAUCGUGCGUACGUACGAUUGGUAACGCGUAUGCUCGUUGCUCUCAGGCGAGGAGGAUAUACCGGCCCUAUAAUCCGGUUUCUCUCAUCGCGCUUUUGAGACAGGUCGCGCGACGGGGCCUACCUAUACGAGAGAGCCUGACACAACAUUAUACAACGUCUGUUUCUUCUCUGAGCGUUGUGAUUUUGCCGGCGUGACCAGCGAGCGAGCGAGCGAGCGAAUUUAGCGUGCCUUGAACGACGACGACGAGGCGGUGUCGACGAUAUCCGAUAUCGUAUCACUUCGCACAGAGUUGCGCCGCACGUACGAUUCACGAUCGCACCCUAUAGUGAUAUACGGUGUGGGCUCGUGGUCCGCCAACGGAGUGUCAGUGCGACGACGGUCGGUUGGUGUGCUGACACACGGGUGCAUUAUCCACGACUGUGUGUGCGUGCAUAUGUGCGUGACGUGUGCGUAAAGGCAAGCAAGAGACCGGUGGUAAGCGCGCAAGAUAAAGAGAGAAAGAGAGGGACGGAACGACGGCGAUGCGGCCGUGAAUCCUCGAUACUUGGCUGCGCUCACGCCGCGCGUAUUCCGCGCGGACACUAUACGAAUACAACGAUAACUAUAACGACAACGACGACGACGACGACGACGACGACGACGACGACGACGACAUCAUCGGCCGGGAGACUACGGCUGGAGCGACAGAGAAAGGCGCGUAUUCGCACGCGCUGCGAAUUAUCACGCGUUCGCGUAAGUGCGACGCGCCUUCCGACAGGUUCCUAGCUCGGUGGUCGACUCCUUCGACCUCUUCCUCGUCGUCACUAUGGCGGACGACGAGGUUCUCUUCGACGAUGUUUACGAGCUCUGCGAGAUUAUCGGCAAGGGACCAUUCAGCGUCGUUCGGAAAUGCAUUCACCGUCAGACCGGGCAGAUUUUUGCCGUAAAAAUCGUCGAUGUGGCGAAGUUCACUUCCAGCCCUGGGCUCAGCACUGCAGAUUUGAAACGAGAAGCUACAAUAUGCCAUAUGCUGAAACAUCCACAUAUUGUGGAACUACUGGAAACCUACAGUUCCGAGGGCAUGUUAUACAUGGUAUUUGAAUACAUGGAUGGUUCUGAUUUAUGCUUCGAGGUGGUAAGACGAGCAACUUCUGGAUUCGUAUACAGCGAGGCGGUUGCUAGUCACUACAUGCGACAGAUCCUUGAAGCGUUGCGUUACUGCCAUGAGAACGACAUUAUUCAUCGUGACCUGAAGCCGCAGUGCGCCCUUCUAGCUGGCAAGGAGAAUUCCGCUCCGGUGAAGCUGCGCGGCUUCGGCGUUGCUGUGCAACUCCCGACUUCGCAGUCCAAUGGCGUUGGCCUGAUCUCCCCGAGCUGCAAUUUUCCUUUCGAGGACCUGACCGACGCCGAGGAUUCGCUAGUGAGCGACACGGAGGACAAUAUCGGUCGUGUCGGAUGUCCGCAUUUCAUGGCGCCGGAAGUGAUUCAACGGCGACAAUAUGGGAAACCCGGUGAUGUCUGGUCGGCCGGAGUAUUGCUCCACGUUCUGCUAACUGGCACACUUCCGUUUGUCGGAUCUCGGGACAGGCUGCGAGAAGCGAUCUGCCGAGGACGGGUACAGAUGGAGACACCACUCUGGGAUCCCAUCAGCGAGCCCGCGAAAGACCUCAUACAGAGAAUGCUCACGACCGACGUGAAUCAUAGGAUCACCAUCCAGGAAGUUCUCAACCACAAGUGGCUUAGAGAUCGUGAUAAGGGUGCAGCUCGUAUACACUUAGCUGACACUAUAGAAGAGCUUAAGAAAUUUAAUGCGAGGCGAAAAUUAAGCCAUGCUGUAAAAGCGGCUAUCUCCUCGUCGAAAUGGCAUGCUCCAUAUUCAGAAACUAAUGGUGACAAUUUCUCCGAUGUCGGCGAAGACGAGAUGACAAUUACAGGAGCUGUUGCCGAAAUUGUGGAUUCCUUGGAUGACAUUGAAAUUCUUGAGGAAAGUGAUAGACUGAUGCGAACAGAAGUACUCAACGCCGUUGAUGACCACCGGCUUCGAACCAUUUUAGAGCUUUAUGACAGAAUCUCAGGACGUGUACCAACACCGUAUCGAGCACCACAAACAGAUGCAGUUCAACGCGCCCGUGAAGUCGAAGAGAUCCUUCGAGAGGCAGAGCAUUCGGCGGUGCGAAAUAUCGAUAGAGCAGAUCUUCGAGAACUUCAUGAAUUAUUGGUCCAGCCGCAUAUGAGGGCACUCUUACAAGCCCACGAUGUUGCCGGCCACGAAGUCUACGGCGAGGAAGCCACCAGAGUAACACCACCGCCUCUUCUCACGUAUCUAAAUGGUGGCGACGACCUCGAAGGACAAAACGGCGAUUUAGACGAGAAAAUCACUCGCGUCAGACUGGUGCAGUUUCAGAAGAACACGGAUGAGCCGAUGGGAAUCACACUAAAAAUGAACGAGGACGGACAAUGCUUUGUUGCGCGAAUUAUGCAUGGUGGGAUGAUCCAUAGACAAGCCACUCUUCACGUAGGCGACGAAAUCAGAGAAAUCAAUGGUAUACCGGUUCAGAAUCAAUCCGUUAAUGCCUUGCAAAAGAUUCUGCGGGAGGCACGAGGAUCUGUAACUUUCAAGAUUGUGCCGUCGUACAGGAGCGCGCCGCCCCCCUGCGAGGUACAAUUGUUCAGGAUUAAGCCUCUGCCAGUGUUAAUUUUCGUUCGAGCACAAUUCGAUUACGAUCCACUGGAGGACGAACUGAUACCUUGCGCGCAGGCUGGAAUCUCUUUUAAGACCGGUGACAUUCUGCAAAUCAUCAGCAAGGAUGAUCAUCAUUGGUGGCAAGCGCGAAAGGAUAACGCGGCUGGUUCCGCGGGUCUUAUCCCUUCGCCUGAACUUCAAGAAUGGCGCAUCGCCUGCAUGUCUAUGGAAAAGAACAAACAAGAACAAGAUGCUGAAGGAGAAGGUGGAUGUUCUUCUCACACCGAAGGCUGCGACGGUUCGACAGUAAAUUGCUCAAUAUUUGGCCGGAAAAAGAAGCAAUACAAAGAUAAAUAUCUUGCAAAACACAACGCCGUUUUUGACCAGCUGGAUCUGGUGACCUACGAAGAGGUCGUGAAGCUUCCUUAUCCUGCCUUCCAACGGAAAACUUUAGUAUUAUUGGGAGCACAUGGCGUCGGUCGACGACAUAUAAAGAAUACGAUUAUUUCCAAGCAUCCCGAUAAAUACGCCUAUCCUAUUCCGCAUACAACGAGGCCUCCACGAAGCGACGAAGAAAAUGGUCGUAAUUAUUAUUUCGUAUCGCACGAUGAGAUGAUGGCAGACAUAGCCGCUAAUGAAUAUCUUGAAUACGGUACACACGAAGACGCUAUGUAUGGAACUAAGCUCGAAACUAUUCGUAAAAUUCACGAAGAAGGUAGAAUGGCCAUAUUGGAUGUCGAACCGCAAGCACUGAAAGUUUUACGAACUGCUGAAUUUGCACCUUACGUCGUCUUCAUAGCUGCGCCUGCAUUUGCAAAUGUUACGGACUUCGACGGUAGUCUGGAACGACUGGCGAAGGAAUCGGACAUGCUGAAGCAGGCGUACGGGCACUUCUUCGACCUGACCAUCGUGAACAACGAUCUCGACGAAACGAUCGGUCAGCUAGAGGCCGCAAUCGAGCGCGUGCACACGACACCCCAAUGGGUCCCCGUUUCUUGGGUCUACUGACAGCGGUCUUCGCCGAUUCGUCAGAUCGCCACUAUGGACUGCAACGGCUCGUCGAGGAUGAAGCAGUGAUCGCCGGCACCGUAACGGCCAUCGGCUCACGAUCCAGCCUCUCGUCGCGAAGAUCUGACGGCGACGUCGACAGCUGCCGGCAGGAACCGACAGGGCAGUUAUGUCGGAUCAAUCGGACAUAAACCGGAAAAACGUACUCGACGCCGAUCGGCACGACGGUGAAACGAUCGAAUGGAGUGCGUGACUAUAUGAUGGCCGUGUGUUCACGAAGUUCUUUCCAUCUCGCUGCAUAUAAUUGUUACCAGUCGCGGGACACGAGGGGAAAAGUUAAUAACGACGUGUCGAUGAGCGUCGUCGCCGCAUCCCAUCAUCGAGAGACGUCGGCUCUUCCAGAAAUUGUGGAACGCGUCAUCAUCGCAGCACGGCGAAACCAGUGACGACAAUCACGUCACAAUGCGUCUAAUUGAAAGAACAAAAAUACGGACGCCUUCUCGCGGACCACCAACUUCUCCUGCACACUUCCUUCUCCUUUGGUUCCUCUCUUCCUUCUCUCGCUUUCGAAAAAUUUCGAAAAUAAAGAGAUCAACACACAAACCCGAUUAGCUGGAACUCCUCUUGAACGAGACUACUAUAUACGAAUGCAUGUCUUUCUCUCUAUUCUCUCUAUACAGUCUGUCGCAUACCCGGCACAGUUUCAGCGAAGUCUAACAUGAAUUUCUCACGAUUUACAACCAUCCUAGAGGCAGUCGUUUACGACGCGUGUCAUGUGCAGUGAAUACGGUAACAUGCGACAACAAGCACCAAAGAAUAUAUCCCGUUUACGGAAAAAAACCAAACGAAAAGCAAACAAUGGCCGUUCCAUAUGCUUCACGCGGACGUCAACCGAACGGCUGCACCUUCUCGUAUCCUACCCUGCGAAAAUCUAUCAGUCGACUUUCCAUAAACUGUAAUUGCCUCCUCUAUCGUACUUUAUUAUAACUAUUUAAACGAAAAAAGCUAGAGAUCGUGCGGCACGGCAGUGCCCGUAAAUAAAUAAAUAUAUAUAUAUAUACAUAUUUAGGAAAAAAGACGAGGGUCCUAUCGUAAUAAUCGAAACCCGUCUGACUGUUCAAUCGAAAAGAGGGAGGGUAAACAUAAAAAAAAAACAGAACAGAACAUGAACUCUCUGGUGUGCUGCCGGCCGUCCGUUAUUUAACUGUAACUUUAAGCAGUAGAGAACUUCGCCGGUUUCGUCUUAGUACUUCUACUAAUAUCUAACGAGUGUUCAUCUCUUGUCGCGGGAAUCCUACUGCGACAAAUCUAUACGCGUAUGCUACACGAGCGCUUUUUACGUUCACAGUGCCGUCUUUUCUAUAUCUUUCCCUAUAUAUAUAGAUAUAUUGUGUAAAUCUUCUCUUUAAUUUGUUCUGCCUCUAUAUUCCUGACCACCCACCGAGCUUCUUUCCACGUACUUUCGAUAAAAAUCGAGACCGCCGUUGGAGCGGGACGGCUUGCUCGCUCCCUCGCUUGACCGUGCACUCGCCCACUCGCCAUUCGUCGUUAUAUUGUUCAUGAAACAUAUUAUAUCAAAAGCUCAAAUAUAUUCACUGAUGCAUCACCGAGAGAUCGCGACGCUCUUAUAUAUAUAUUCUGUACAGGAAAAGCUUGGAACCGAACAUCUCGGACGAAUGCACGGACGGCGGAUAUCGAUCCGGUAGCGAGAAUUCUACGCUCUCACUCGAAAGAACUUGUAUAUGCGAUUAUUAAGUUGACACAUGACACACACACAUACAUACAUACACACACUUACACAUGGGCACAUAUGUCAAAAUUACAAUGCCACUCUGUUCGCAUUACUUACUACACCCUCGUACAAAAGCGCAUAAGAUCGAAUGACGAAGUAACAAACAAAAAAAUCGCGGAUUACUAUAGGAUAUUUAUAAAACGUAAAUUUCAAAUAAAUAGGUAGUCUACCAGCUAUAUGAAAUAAUAAUGGAGGAGAGAGACAGUCUCGCGCAGAAGAAGACACACAUACACACGUGCACACGCGUUCACACACGAUACACGCAAGUUUAUUAUAUGCGCAAUACACACACUCACACACACGCACGCACAUUUAACCAUUCAACAAUGACACUCAUACACACGCACAUAAGGAAACGCAGUCGCAUGCGCGCGAGUGCAGAUUUACAAGAUACAGAUUUAACGAUUAGAUAAUUUACAAGUGAUUAAAGAAAAAAAAAGAUUAAAUGUAUGAUUAAUUAAUACUAAAAGAAUUAUUAGGAGAACUAAUAGGUGAUUUGCAUAUGCAUAUGCCCGUAGAACGAAGGAGUGAAUGCGUGUAUACAUGCAGGCGCGGUGUGAUAAUUAAAUAUUGAUAACAACCUCGAAGCUCAAAUUGUGGAUCUCGGGCUUUCAUCGAUCAGCCUCUCAUCCCUCGGUCGUCGCAACAAUCUCGAAACAUACGUACAUAAGACGAAACUUUUGAGCGCGCAUCUUACCUUCCCCAGGAGCUGCGUUCUUCCUAUUCUUUACGCCGAGUGUCCACGGCAAGACGCGAGUUUUGCCGUGUGUGGCAAAGGCACACACUUGAUUAUUAUAUAUUUCAGAAACGCAAACGACGGGGAGGUCAGAGUAUCGCGCUCGCGAGGACAGAGAGCCGUUUUUCACAGAGCCAAACGUGAAUUUGUGAGUAAUAUGGGAUACUCGCGAGAGAAAAGAAAAGACAUAAAAAAAAGGGUUGCCCGCCUGGGGUGUGAUAGCGUAAACGUAUGCGUAAAAUGUUGUGAAAGCGUGAGAAGAAUGAGUCACAAGUGAUUUUGUAAUAUUUCUUAUAAGUUGUAGCUGCCAUAUCCAGUAAUUAAGUACUAGGUGCGUUGAGUGAUAAUCUGACGACGACUGUUAUGCUAAUGAUAAUGAUGACAAUGAUGAUGAUGAUGAUGUUGAUGAUAACGGUGAUCGUGAUGAUCGCGUGCUGUCGCACGUUUGUGUCAGUUAAAUUUGGGUGAGUUGUGCUAAGAUGUUGAGAGAGACGACGGGUCUAAAGAAAACAAUAACAAGUUCAUUACGAUUAUGUAAUUAUAAAUAAGAGGAGAAGAGACGAAGAGUAUUAUAACACGUUGUUAAUUGAAUUAAUAAAAUUAGCCCAAAGUAA